AUGUGGAGCCUGUCCGACGACGGAGACGAGAACUGGCGAAAUCAUGUCGGUUUCGAGGAGCGUUAUAAGAACAUCCGAAUAAUCGGCCUCACUGACCGGCCAGAGCUGGAUAGGAAGACUGCAGCAGCCCUCGAACAGGAACUGUGGAACGAGAGCCUAAAUCUUAGAGAGUAUCGGGAAGCAGUCGCUAAUAACUCCUACCCCGUUGGCCAUUCUGACGGCCCACCAAGCGACACCGAAAUAAUAUUCGAUGCGGAUAUGGACGAUCCGGAGGGCGUCACCAUCGGGCCAUACGAGGACUGCAUCCACAUUGGCCAAGGUGCAUCCGCCGACGUCUACCGAAGCGAUUUAUAUGCUCUCAAAGUCUGGAGGCACGAUGGCGAUUUGCAGCCACACAGUAUUGAGCGCGAAGCCGAGAUUAUGCGCAUCCUGAACUGGGGCCACAAUCGCUGCAUCUCACUGGUCAAAAAGUUGACGUACGACUCACGGCCGGUUCUGGUGAUGCCCUACUUGCGGUACUCACUGGAGACAAUCCUGGAAGGGGAUAAGGGCCCGAACAAUACCAACCACUAUUUGACCCGCGACCGUGUUUUGAACUACUUCACCGACAUCUUCUCCGCCCUCAAACACGUCCACAGCCUUGGCAUCAUCCAUCGCGACAUCAAGCCGUCGUCCAUUCUCUUGGAGCGGCUGGACGGGCCUGUGUUCCUGUCCGACUUUGGCACCGCAUGGCACCCCGAGCUGUCCCUGCCAGACGAGCCUGCGGACAAGAAGUGUCUCGACAUCGGCACAGGCUCCUACCGCGCACCCGAGACUCUCUUUACCAACGAGGCCUACGGGACGGCGGUCGACAUUUGGGCGGCAGGUGCCUUGCUCGGUCAAUGCGCACGCCGGCCACCACGCGAGCCGCUGUUUCGGUCCCGGGCGGCUCAUGAGGACGGCAACCAGCUGGGGUUGAUCCUGGACAUAUUCAAGAAACUGGGCACGCCGACACGCGAGACGUGGCCCGAAGCCGAGCAUUUCCCGACGCCGCCCUUUGACAUGUACAACGUAUUCCCGCGCAAGCCGUGGAACAUACUUCUACCGGAUGUGGACCGGGACAUUCGGAGAUUUGUGGCGGGCAUGCUCAAGUUCCAGAGCACAGAGAGGCUGACGGCCGCGCAGGCCCUUGAGGGAUUAGUAGAACUGGGCACGCCGCCGCCUGACAUGCCACCUCCACCUGGCUUACUCAGAACACCACCACCGACAUCGCCGGAUGCCUGA